UUUAAGACAAGUGAAUGUUAUUCAAAUAGAACAUCACUAGUAACAGACAGAACAAUAAAUAAUGUUGAUUUUUAUAACAGUGUUGAUGCUUAAUGCUUGGGCUAUACCAGCAGAUGAUAUUUUUUUACCAAACAUAAAUAUCCUUGAAGAACUGGGAAAGAUGAAGAUCAUGGAAACAAGGCUGGAAUCUAUGGAGAAGGAAAUAGAGCGACUAAGAACAGAAAACACAGCUCAAGGUAAGGAACUGGACACAUUGCGUGAAACAACAAAGGACGUAAAGACCAAAAUGGAUGAUCUAAUAAAACAAAAUGAAGUUUCAAAAGUGGCUUUCUCAGUUUCUCUGUCGUCAACUUAUGGGCCGCUUAGCAGUUUACACACCCUGAUUUACAAACACAUCUUCCUCAAUACUGGAGAGGCUUAUGACACAAAUACAGGAAUCUUUACAGCACCCAUGAAGGGAGUGUAUGUAUUCAGGCUUUUCUCUAAGGCCUAUGGAAGUUCAGAUAAAGCGGUUGUCACAGGCUUGUUUAAGAAUGGCCAGCAUGAAAUUUCUACAUAUGCACGUCAAAAAGAUGGUUUCAUCGGUUCUUCAAAUGGAGUUUCUCUGCUGCUUGAAAAGGGGGAUAAAAUAUAUGUAAAUCUCUACCCUGGAUAUUGGAUUUUUGACAAUGAACACCAUCACAGCACCUUUAGUGGACAUCUGCUUUUCCUCAUGUGAUCGGAACCUACAUAGAACGUCUUUGGACAUCAAGACUGUAAUCAAUCAUACAAGAUGUUCCAUUCACAUUAUUUUUUCUGUCUGUAAGACUAAGAGUGAAUGAAUUUGAUAACAUUUUCAGUAAAUUUGAUACUAACUUGUACUUCAAAUGUAUCGGCACCUAUAAAGUAAGUUUUGUCAAAA